GUUCUCGGUGCAAUGUUGUUAUAUUUCUUGGUAUAUCAUAAAGGAGAAAGAAGAAUGGUGGCAGGAUUCUCUAGCAUGCCCCCAAGAAUCGAUGAGCUCUUGCGGCUUUCUUACCAUGAACUUCUUCGUGCAACUUCUGGAUUUUCACCAGAAAACUUAAUUGGUUCAGGAAAUUUUGGAGCUGUCUACAAAGGAAGGCUAGAAAAACAUGGCAACAAGCUUGUAGCAGUCAAAGUUCUUGAUCUUCAAAAGAACGGAGCUUCGAAAAGUUUUAAGGCUGAGUGCAAAGCAUUGAGAAAUAUUCGCCAUAGAAACCUCGUUUCUAUCGUGAGUUAUUGCUCCAGUAUUGAUUCCAGGGGUGAUGAAUUCAAAGCUCUAGUCUAUGAGUUCAUGGAAAAUGGAAAUCUGGACCUGUGGCUGCAUCCUUCAGGGACAACUGAUCAGGCAACAAGCUCAAGAAGUCUUAAUCUUUCUCGGAAGCUAAAUAUUGCAAUCGAUGUAGCUUCAGCAUUGCAGUAUCUUCACGACCACUGCGAAGCUGAGAUUGUUCACUGUGAUCUAAAACCAAGUAAUAUUCUUCUUGACAAUGAUCUUGUUGCUCAUGUGGGUGAUUUUGGAUUGGCAAGGCUUCUCCCAAAACCCGUCAACACUUCUUCCGAACAAAGAACCAGCAGUACCAUUGCCAUAAAAGGAUCAAUCGGUUAUGCAGCUCCAGAGUAUGGAAUGGGUCUUGCGGCAUCAACUCAGGGGGAUGUCUACAGCUACGGCAUUCUUUUGCUAGAGAUGAUUACAGGAAGGAGGCCAACAGAUGAUAUAUUCGUGGGUGACCUUGAUCUACAUAACUAUGUUAAUGGGGCUUUGCAUGAACGAGUUUCUGAGAUAGUGGACCCGUUGCUUCUUCUUGAAGGAGAUGAAAACAGAAAUAUGACUCCUGGAGGGGAAACUAUUUAUGGUGGAAGAGAGAUAGAGUGCAUUAUUUCCCUAUUGAAAAUUGGACUCAAGUGCUCUGCAAGAUUACCAAAUGAUAGGAUGCAUAUGAAUGAAGUUGUCAGAAAAUUACAUCUCAUUAAAGAUGUUUUCCUUGGUGUCAGGGUGCAUCAAGAAAAUCUUGAAGCUUAAUAUCUACAGCUGCUUACAGGUCUGAAUCUCCAAGCUGAAGUUGUUAAUGGGGUGAGCUAAUGAAGAAGACACCUUCGGCUUUUUAUUUGAAAAUAAAAAUAAAUGGAUGCUCUUCUUUAUAAGAAUUGGAUGUUCUGGGAGGCAGUCAAUUGGUUCAAUUCUGCUUGAACAUCUUAAUGCUUCCAUAUUAUGCUUGAAUAAUAUGCAACACAUUAUACUUACAAUGCAUAGUC